AACUCGAUAGCAAUCGCUAACAAUAUCAUAGAAAUCAAUAUAUCGAUAGGCUCUACUAUCUUUUACAAAUACGUCUGAAUGGCAAACUGAGAAGAAGAUAAGAAAUAAAAUUUUUUUUCGGUUGCUGCUAAUUUUGCUUUGCAACUAAAGUUUUACAAUUUAAACACGUGAAAUGGAGUCAACAAAUGGUAGAAAUUUAGCACUGCUUGUGCUAUGCCUGUGCGCCUGCUAUGCGCUGGCUUUUGAGGGCAAGGAAAUACCGGCCACCAAAUUCGGUCAGAGGGUGGCGCCGACAAUGACUUUUCUUUAUUGCUAUUCUUGUGGGUAUCGCAAGGCGUUCGAGGACUAUGUAAAUAUACUGGUAAAAAAGUAUCCACAGAUUGAGAUUGUGGGCGCCAAUUAUGAUCCGCCCGGCAUAAAUUAUUAUCUGUCUAAGUUAAUAUUUGCUUUAAAGAUAAUUAUCAUAGUAUCGGUGGUGACAUCUGUGAGUCCGUUCACCUGUUUAGGCUUAAACACGCCUGGCUGGUGGAAUCAUCUGCAAUCAAACAAAAUAUAUGCCUGUAUGAUGAUCUUCUUCCUGGGCAACAUGAUCGAAGGGCAGCUCAUUUCAUCCGGAGCCUUUGAGAUAACAUUAAAUGAUGUGCCUGUUUGGUCGAAAAUACAAACGGGGCGUUUUCCCGCCCCGGAGGUGCUAUUCCAAAUCAUCGACAAUCAACUACAGUUCACCGACAACGUGCAAGAGAAUCCCGACUUUGUUAAAUAAUAGUAGCUUAUCGAUAUUUACAGAGACGGGACAGAUGGAGCGCCGUCUGCUGUCCACUAGAACACCAAACAAACUAUAAAGAAGCAAGAUUUAUUAAAUACAACAGGAACUGGACACGUGGAUAUUUAGUUAUUAAUUAAACUCAACUCUUGUCUCUGCGUUACGUAAAAUAGUAUCUUUGUUUAUCUAACGAUUUAUCUGCUGUACUACCGCUCUUAUGUGUAUCUGUGUCAUCUACAAAGCUAUAUAGUAUAAAUAAUGAUGAGUGAAAGUGUUUUUAACGGGCAUCGGGGUACCAAGUGUGGCAUAUAUAAUGACUUAUAUAUAAUUAGAAAUCUGUAUUAGUGUAUGUAUGCACUCUGAUUUAUAUAGUUUAUAUCAAAUUAUGUAACACACAGACAAAGCUUAAUACUUGUUAAUAGCUGAUAAAGCAAAUAGCAAAUAUAUGUAUAUGCAACGCCUUUAUAUUUCCAAUUGAA